UUGCAGACGGCUCUUCAACUUGCGGCCUCUGACACCUGCCACAAUAGAAUUUUCUACCGGAGAAAAGGCACUCUGCCGCACGCAGUCUCUCUUAUCCAUUUAACCAGAACUAAUAACUGGGGCUAAAGCUUUGCAGUUGUUAUUAAGCGUGUUCUCAAAAAACAAUCUGGUGACCGCUGCUCACAAUCGCUUUUGAAUUCCAAGGUCUCUCAGCAAUAUUUAACAAUCCUUUUUUUCUAAUAUUCUGUCAUACUUUAUUGUUCUAGCUCUCAGUCUGUCGUAACCCAGCAUUUUCUGUAAUCGUCAAAGAGACACUUCACUUUGAAUUAUGGCUAAAGUUCCACAAAGCAUGAGGAGCUGGAGUGACGAAGAAGAAGACUUACGGUCAUACAGCAGCAACAGCAGUAAUCGUAGCUUCACCAAUGAGUAUGAUGGUAAAAAAACAAAUAUUUCAAGUGACAAUGAAGUCACAUGAAAAGAGCGAAAAGUUAAGAAGCUUGCAAAGCAUCUUUCUGGAUCGUCCCAUAAAAGCAAAAAAUGGACAAUGAUCGGCAGCAAGUGAGCAAUCUGUGCUGCUUUAUACCCAGGCCAAGCGAGAAAAAGCGGUGGCGGUUUACACCAAGUCAAAGUCCACCAUUUCUCACAACAAAAGUGCGGGAAAUAAUAAAGUCGUCGCUCGACAGAACAAGUCUGUGAUUGAUUUUCUCUCUCGGCCACUUAAAAAGGCAAUCAAACAGCUUAUGAACACGUUGCAGGAGCAGGUCAAAUGAAGCGACAAUACAGUAUGUCUACUAAUUGGGAGGUAUCUAACAAGUACACAUAUGCAAAAAAAAAUCAAAGUAUGAUUGAACCUGCAAUAGCUGAGCUGCAACAUCUUGAAAAGUUUAUGCUGGAAUGUCAAGUCAGGCAAAUUCCAGAGGUUUGUUUACUUUUACCUGCUUUUGCGCUGUAACUUACUGUCUUACCAAACUACUACAAGUAACUUGCAGCAAUAUUUAUCCAAAGUUGCUAGAAUCAAAGAUGACAUGUACAUUAAAUUCAAUCUUGCCAACAAAAUUGACCGCCAAAAAGCUACAAAGUUCAACAUGCUAUUUGCAAGAUUUUGUCAAAAAAGACAGCGUGGCUAAAAAAGAGGAGCCUCAUUCUAGCUUUACAUUACUGAAAACCAGCUUGACGGGUGAUCAAAUUCGACACCGGCAUGACUUACCUGGAUCUUUUCAACAUGGGUCAGUGGCCUUGUCGAAGCCAAAUCUUUCUGUCCAUCAACAACAAAUAAAACUGCUUGUCGAGAAGCUGGCAGCCUUCCCUCCUCUGUCUCUCAAUCGUGUCAAAUGCGAUCGCGCUAGACCUUUCCAUCAAAAUGGAGCUACAAUGGAAAUUAAAUGGCAAGUAUGACUCUCAAGCGGAGUCGUAGUUUGCAGUGACCAUUUAAGAAAUAUUUAGCUUUCAUUCGAAACAGUGCUCCUGUUGGAAAAUCAUUUGUAGAAGUGCGACAAAGCGAAAUAAAUUAUGCCGCGUUAAGCACAAAC